UGGCCCAUUGAGCCCAAUCUUUAAAUAGGAAUAAUACCCCUGCGUACAGUUGCGGCAGCCUGCUGGCCCGGAUAUUUUAGUGUUUUCUCUCUCUCUGAACCUCAGCAAUAAAUUCCAGGAUGCCUUCAAAUAAAAACAUGCAAGGUGGGAAAGCUUUCGGUCUGUUGAAGGAGCAGCAGAGACAGAAACUGGAGGAAAUAAAUAAGGAAUACCUGGAAGACCAGAAAUACAGGGAUGAAGAAGGCCUGGCAGAGAAACUGGAAAGUUUAAAAAAUAAAUAUGCUGAGUUUGACCUGAAUGAUGAAGGAGAGAUUGAUUUGAUGGGGCUGAAGCGGAUGAUGGAGAAGCUGGGAGUGCCCAAGACCCACUUGGAGCUGAAGAAGAUGAUUGUCGAAGUGACCGGCGGCAGCAGCAACACCAUCAACUACAGGGACUUUGUCAAGAUGAUGCUGGGCAAGCGAUCCGCUGUGCUUAAACUAGUUUUGCUUUUUGAAGAUAAAGCCAGCAGCAGCCCCUGCAAGCCAGACGGACCCCCUCCUAAACGGGACAUCACUAGCCUGCCUUGAACUUUGAUGUCAGUCUCCAGACUGCAGAGCAGAGGGACUUUUUUGUGGCUGUGUGGAACAUCAUGGAAUAAUUGUAUUAUUGUGAAACCAGGGAUCAAGGAUGAUGUUUUGUGAACAAGUGGUGUGUGCAAGGUUUCUGUCAUUUGGAAGACCGAGCCUAAAACUCACUAAAAGAUGUUUGACUGUGAAUAUUCAUGUUUUGUUUUCCCUUUAAAUCAAAUGUAGCAGUGACAGUUGUGUAUGUAAUCCAACUGAUAAGUUUAAUUUUUUUUACUAAACGUUUUGUGGUUGUAUUCUUAAGGGAACACUCAUAAUUCUAUAAAAGUUGCAUCUCCAUCUUUAUUGUUAAUAUUUUUUUUUUUUUUUAUCUUUUGCUUAAUUUGAGAAAACCAUAUUUAACAAU